UAGGAAAACAAGCGGAGCCUUAUCUCCAACGAAACAAAACUCCAAAUAGCACUGACGACAUUAACCAGAAAAACUGCUUCCCUGCAUGCUAAUACCUUACGCCAAUGGCUAUGUCAUCUUCCACCUCUACAAUAUAUACUGCCCAGAAAAGCUUUCAUAUUACUAAUCCAACUCCAAAGAUUGGCUGUGCAUUUUCGAAUUCCAUAAGGUUUGCGUCUAAACCGCGCGGGUUUUGCAUUAUUAGGAGCUCCGGCGAUGCAUCGGCAGAGACUGUUACGACCGAAGCCAAUACAGGAAGCUCCAUUGAAGCUCCGACAGAACCGCCUUCUCUGAUUUCUGCUCUCAACGUCGAACGGGCCCUUCGUGGCAUACCAAUUACAGAUGUUGAUCACUAUGGCAGGCUUGGACUUCAAAGAGGAUGCUCCUAUGAUGAGGUUUCAGUUGCAUACAAAGCCAAGCUUGACAAGCUAAUGAGCCAGGAAUUAGAAGAAGAGGAGCUAAACAAGAAUUUGGAACCUUUAAAAGAGUCGUACACAAUCUUGUCAUCGGGGGAUGAACGAAGAUUUUACGACUGGAGCCUGGCCAGGAGCGCAAACCCGGACGGGUACAUUUGGCCUUAUGAGGUUGAGAAAACCAGACCGGCCGAAGGAACUCCGCCGCCAGUGGGGGAACCAGAGGAUCCAGGGCCGACGAGGUUGGUGGGGUACUUCAUAUUGGGAUGGUUGAUAUUGUCCAUCGUAUUAUCCAUCGCCCUUAACCGAUCGAGCCCUUAAUCGACCGAAUAAGUUUGUUGGAAACUUGCAUUACAUGUCAAAUAUUUUUCUUUGCAGCUU